UUACUGUGUCCUCCUCCUCCUCCUCCUCCUCCUCCUUCUCCUCGCGCCGGACCCGCAGAAGCGCCGUGUUCUUCGUACAGCGGCGGUGAACUUAACGACGCAAUGGCUGUUCCUCCUGCAUACGCUGACCUGGGCAAGGCUGCCAAAGACGUCUUCAGCAAGGGCUACGGCUUCGGAUUGAUCAAACUGGAUCUGAAGACCAAGUCCCAGAGUGGAGUUAUGGAGUUCACCACGUCUGGCUCCAGUAACACAGACACAGGAAAGGCUAGCGGUCACCUGGAGACCAAGUACAAACUCACAGACUUGGGCCUGAGUUUCAACCAGAAGUGGAACACGGACAACACGCUUUCCACCGAGAUCACCCUGGAGGACCAGCUCGCUAAGGGACUGAAACUAACAUUCGAUACAUCGUUUGUGCCAAACACGGGCAAGAAGAGUGGGAAACUCAAGACCGGAUACAAGCGCGACUACAUGAACGUGGGCUGUGACAUCGACUUUGAUUUUGCGGGCCCCACCAUCCACGCGGCCGCGGUGCUUGGCUAUGAGGGCUGGCUGGCCGGCUACCAGAUGGCCUUCGACACAGCCAAGUCCAAGCUGGCUCAGAACAACUUUGCGCUCGGCUACAAGGCCGGUGACUUCCAGCUGCACACCAACGUGAACGACGGCACUGAGUUUGGUGGCUCUAUUUACCAGAAGGUGAACAGUAAACUGGAGACUGCGGUCAACUUGGCCUGGACAGCAGGCAGCAAUAACACUCGCUUUGGGAUCGCGGCGAAAUACCAGCUGGACAAAGACUCCUCCAUUUCUGCCAAAGUCAACAAUGCUAGUCUGAUUGGAGUGGGGUACACGCAAAGCCUGCGACCAGGUGUAAAGCUCACACUCUCUGCACUGAUUGAUGGCAAGAACUUCAGCGCUGGGGGACACAAGGUGGGAAUGGGCUUUGAGCUGGAAGUGUAGAAAAGAGGAGCUGGGAAAUGACUCCCUCCCUUAAAGAGCACCAGUAAAUGUACCUCCAUCCUCAGGACUCCCCAUGAAAACAUGCGUGUACACACUCUCUCUCAUACACACUUCUGGCCUUAACCAAACCCCUAUACGCAGUACUCCCUGGACUCCUCCUAUUCUGAAAAAUAUUUUUUUUUUUUUUGGCAUUCAUUGCAGACUCAUCAAGGUGUUAGUUCCCUGUAUGUGAAUUUCUUACUGCUGCCCUAGCAGAUGAAAUAUUGCGUGGUGUUUGUUUUUAUUUCUUCCAUGAUGAGAUGGCCUGGGGCUGCUUGGUGUUUGUGUGGGAACAUCCUUUUAGUUGUGGUCCGGUGAUCUGCGUAGCUUCACAUCAUUCAACUGUUUACUGUCAAAUGUAACUGCCUGCAUUCUUGUAUUAAACCAAUUUUCCGGUGCGACUUAGCUUGUACUCAGUGUAGAUUCCUCCCUCCUCAUAAUUAAUUUUUGUGUCUCAAGUUGGGAGUCAUUAUGGAGGGACUUGUUCUUAAAUAAAUGUAACUUUCAGUUCACUUUUUA